UAUUUUGGUGUGAGAUAAAUGUAAUAAAUUGUCUUAUCUUGACAACGUAAGGGUAAAGACUUAUUGGGGUGUUUUCCUAAUCAAGAAACAGAAUUGAUUAAACACAAUAUCAUACCAGCAGGCAUAAAGACACUUUAGUACUUUGAGGGCAAUAUCUCGUUGAAAUGUCGUUAUUUUAUCAAAACAGACUAAAAAAGAAAGAAAUUGUCGUUGAUGAAAAUUAUAUAGGACUCUAUGUCAUUUAGAUAGUGUCAUAUUUGGAACAUGUUCCUAUGGUUAUCUUAUCAAUUAAAACAAGUUUCUUGCCAAUAGACGGGACAAUAUAGCAAGAGCGAACAUAACAACAGAAUGAUUGUGAUUACGUUAGGUUUUUCGAUAUACCUGCUGCUUUCUUUUCCAAAGACAUCUGACGCCUUGCAGUGUUACAAUUGUACCGACAUUGCUGACGUUUAUGAAUGUCUCACAGUGACAGAAUGCCAUGCCGGUCAGUCUUGUCACAUAGAAGUAAAAUCAACAGGACAAAGUAUCACCCUCGGAUGUACAGACAAUCAGUUAUGUGGAGUAAGUGCCAGUGGUGCCGGAAAUUUGAUCGGUCGAGAGAUAAGUGGGCGACAAACUUUGGACUGCCAUAAAUGUUGUAGUAAAGAUAGAUGCAAUAAAGAUCUGUGUUCACAUUUGACACCCGGAGCAUGUAUUGAUGAUGUGACAGUGGAUUGUGCUUUUCUAAAUAGCUUUUUCAAUAUUUGUAAGGAUAUUCAUCGAGCCAAGUUAAUCUGUGCAAAAUUCUGCUCACUGUGUUCACUUGUGGAUGGGAAUUGGGCUAGCUGGUCUCCGUGGUCUACAUGUGACGACACUUGUGAAAAUGGGACCCAGACAAGAACAAGACAAUGUUACGAUCCUCCUCCAACCAAUGGCGGACUUGAUUGCAUCGGUAGACGCACUGAUAUAAAGACAUAGUUAAAACAACUUUGUCCAGGUAUGAAUUCAGCAUGACAAUAGCGUACUGAUAAACAUGUUAAGUAUUGCGUACUCUAAAUCAAUUACAAAUUAUUAUAUCUUAUCUUACACCAAAAAAUAAUUAAUCUGAAAACAAUAUUUAGUGUUUAUCUUUAUUUCUGUCAUGAACUAGGCAAAAUGGAUACACUUGCGUUUCACAUUUCUUAUAUUAACGAAGCCCCACCAAUCAAAAUUGAUUUUUCGGUUUGUCCAUCGUCUUUCCGUCUGUCAGUCCGUCCGUAUGUCCCGAAUUCGUGUCCGGCCCAUAACUUCGUUAUUUGAAGUCGGAUUUUACAACUAUUUCACAGAAAUAAUCACUAUAUUGAGACAACGUGUUGCGCGCAACAUUUGGAUCGCUACCUUGAAGGUCAAGGUCACAGCAUGACCUUGAAGCAAAAUCAUGUCCGGCCCAUAACUUCAUUACUUCAUUAUUCGUCAUAUUGAGACGACGUGUUGCGCGCAACAUUUGGAUCGCUACCUUGAAGGUCAAGGUCACAGCAUGACCUUGAAGCAAAAUCAUGUCCGGCCCAUAACUUCAUUAUUCGAAGUCGGAUUUAACAACUAAUUCACAGAAAUGAUCGUCAUAUUGAGACGACGUGUCGCGCGCAAUAUUUGGGUCGCUUCCUUGAAGGUCAAUGUCACAGCAUGACUUUGCAGCAAAAUCGUGUCCAGCCCAUUACUUCCUUAUUUGAAGUCGGAUUUUACAACUAUUUCACAGAAAUGGUCACCAUAUUGAGACGACGUGUAGCGAGCAACAUUUGGGUUGCUUUUACACUUUAAACUUUGUCUGUGACAUAACUCUGACAUUACAAGAGGUAUACCUUCUUGUGUCCAAAACUUAUUCAGGGAGCAUCACCCGGUUCAACCGGCUCUUGUUUUACAAAAAUUAUUACAUAAUAAAUACGGAAAUAACAAAUCGCCGGUAUAAGAAACGAACAUGCCACGAGGAAAUGUACAGGAGUUGUACUUGUGUUAGGGCUUGGGCCAUAUAUUUCUGUAAAGACAUCAGACAAAUGAUUUCAGGGUUAACUCGAAAAUAUGCUGUUUUUAUAAAAUAUAUACAGUUCGAAAAACGACCAUUUUACUCCUGGACAUUAUAUUUGGGUUAAGGCUUAGGAUCUUAUAUUACUGCAAGGAAGAUCCACCAAAUUUGUACAAAAUUGAAUCUGCAUCGGAAUCAGAAAACUAUUUUUCACGGUUAUCUCGAGAAAAUUGUGAUUUUUCUUCGGAAUUUUCUACAGUUUAUAUACAUAAAGAACAAAUCGCCAGUUUUAAAUACGACCAUGCAGUCAAAACAGUCUAAAAUCGGAUUUGUCCUCUUAAUGGGCCCAUAAUGCCUCAUUAAUAAAACGCUAUGAAUUAUAUUUCUAAAAAAAAAUGAUACCUUAUCAAACGGCUUUCCAUUUGCCAUCUUUGCUUCUUUUGCUGUUUUGUCAAUAAUUGGUAUAAUUAUAGUAAAUAAGUAUUUUGUAUGGAAGUCAAAAUACCACUUUGUUUACAGUUUGCUACCUUUAUGAUAACAUUACUGCAAUGCGCUACUUUCUUCAGCAGCUAAAUAGCUUACAUGCUCUUAAUCCAUUAUCAAAACAUCAUUAACAACAUUUGUGAGAGUUCUAAUGAAUUAAAAAAAAGGAUUUCUGCGGCAUAUUGUUCCUUUAAGCACACAUCUCAGUCUCGUAGACAUUUUUGAUAGUUCCACCCAAACUAUAUGUGCCUGCUCUUUUCCUCCUGCAUCAGUGCCUGCUCCCGGUAGGUGUCGCUGUUGCAGUUCUCUUGCACAUGCACGUAUUCAUAGCGCCUAUUAACUUUAUUUAUCAUAAAAUAACAUAAAAAAUUUAGGAUAAUGUGUAUGUUUUACUAAAAAAUCUUACAUUAUGCAAUGUGAAGAUUAUAUUACUAGUGUUAAUUUAAAGGAAGAAGUUAGGCCCUACAUACGUAUGCGCUUUUGGAUUUGCA